GACAUAGAAGACUUUGUUCCUGCAUAAGUGACUUGUGGUGGCCACUAUCCCACAGUGAGUUUAGAUGGGUAUAAUUCACAACGACCUGGUCUAGUUACUAUCCUCCCUACCUUGGUAGGUUUAGCUGGACUGCAUUACCCAAAUGCCCUAGGGGCGUGAUGAGGGCACAUGACUGUGACCGGGGGGUUGUCUGAGUGAAUGCAGAGUGUCCCAUAUAUUUGAGAGGAUUUCGUUAUUUGAAAACUAAUGAAUGCAUUUUAUUUAUUGGGCUUAUUUAUGAACCAGCUUUGUUUAUAAUAUGUUUAUUUUGUAUUCGACUGCACAAAUAAUAUCUGCAUGAGAGUUGAAGUUAACUUCAGCUAAGUGGAAACCAAAAGUAUUAUUAAUGAGAGGAUAAAAAAGCGGGCAAAAGGAACAGGAGAGAAGAAGCAUUAAGCUACAUGUGAUAGGGAAACAUAAAACAGGCAAAUGUGAAUAUUGUGGGCAAGGGGAAACGAUAGAAUAUGUUAUUCUACACUGUCAGAGACAUGAACAUUAGAGAAUACAGCUAAUUGAAAAAGUACAUUUAGAUAUAGUAGGUAUUCUGCAAAGUAACUAAGUGUCAUCAAGCACUAUUACAGUAUCUUAUAUCUAAUCACAAAUAUUAUCGAGAAGAAUGAGCCCUAGGGUUAUUUAAUUAGGUAGUUUUUUCUCUUAAUAUUUUAUCCAUUUAAUUAAAUUCAUUUGAAUUUAGUUAUUUUUGAUAAACGCAAGUUCCAACUUCCGCACCAGUUGGUGGCGGUAAAUCAUCAAACAGUUGCCAACCGCCAAUAAACCCUAAAGAAGAAGAAUUGGAACCGGAUGUUGAUCUCAGAGCAACAUGGCGCCGAUCGGUCGUAGAAUCAGCACAGUGUCUUUGUUACGUUGAUCAAGUAUCAGUUAUCUCCAUCCGUUCUGAUCCACCAGAGUCUCUGGACGUCUGGACAAACCGCCGAUGGACUUCCAACUUGUUUCUGGAUCGUUUUCCUCUAAUUCAUCUCCCGGUAGCAUGCUAAGCUAACUUCAAAUAGCUAGCAACGCAGCUCUAGUCCAAGUUUAACGGCGAGAAAACGGGGUUUUAACGGAGUUUAUCUGGAGGAAACGUGUCUGAUUCAGUGAAGAUGUCUAAAGCCCAAAUGCUGAGAUGUUUAGUGAAGCAGCGACUCACGGAGGCUGCUGAAGAGAUAUUUGGGCUGUUUGAAAGAACGAUAGCAGAGUACGAGGAGGAAGCUUCUAGAUUAAAAGAGGACAACGAGCGACUAAAGAAACGUCCGGAGAUAAUCCUUCAGCAUCGGUCUCAAGAAGCAGGCAUCCAGCAGCUGUUGGUGCUCAAAGAAGAGGUUCCCUUUGAACAGCAGGAGUGGAGCUCCAGUCUGGACCAGAAGGACCCACAGCCCCCCCACGUCAAAGAGGAACAGGAGGAACACUGGACUAGUCAGAAGGGAGAAGAGCUUCAAGGGCUGGACGAGGCCAAUAUCAAGUUCCCAUUCACUUCAUUCACUGUGAAGAGUGAAGAUGAUGACGAGGAAGCUCAGUCCUCACGGCGUCAUCAGAGACACACUGAAGAGGUGGAAACUGCUGCUGAUAGAGAUUACUUUGAAGGACCAGAUUCAGCCAGAAACUCGCAUUCUGAUAAACAUUUACAACCAGAUACUGUUGAGAAGACUGGAGACUCUUCUGGACCUGAGACUGAUCACAGUGAUGACUGGAAUGAGACCAGAGAGUCAGGUUUAAACUCUUCAAAAAACAUGGAAGUCCUUGUUAGUGAUUGGACAGGUAGUACUGGUGAGAAACUAUUUAGAUGCCCUGAGUGUGGGAAAUUAUUUGGCUUCAGAGGAAAUCUGAAGAUACACAUGAGAAGUCAUACAGGAGAAAAACCUUUUAGCUGCUCAGUGUGUAAGAAAUCUUUUACACAUAGCAGAAGUGUACAGAAACACAUGAGGAUCCACACAGGAGAGAGACCUUUCAGCUGCAUGGUGUGUGCAAAAGGUUUCAUUGAAAGUGGAGACCUGAAGAGGCACAUGAGAAUUCAUACAGGAGAAAAACCUUUCAGUUGCUCAGUCUGCCAGAAAUGUUUUACACAGAAUGGAAGUUUACAGAAACACAUGACGACUCACACAGGGGAGAAACCUUUCAGCUGCGUAGUGUGUGGUAAAGAUUUCACUGAAAGUGGACAUCUGAAGAGACACAUGAUAACUCACGGAGGAGAAAAACCAUACAGCUGCUCCAUUUGUAAGAAAUCAUUCACACACAGUAGAAGUGUACAGAAACACAUGAGAAUCCACACAGGGGAAAAGCCCUUCUGCUGCUCAGUGUGUGGUAAAGGUUUCAUUGAAAGUGGAGACUUGAAGAGACACAUGCGAAUCCAUACGGGAGAAAAACCUUUCAGUUGCUCAGUCUGUAACAACGCUUUUGCACAGAAAGGGUGUUUACAGGCGCACAUGAGAAUCCACACGGGAGAGAAACCUUUCAAAUGUUCAGUUUGCCAUAAAAGAUUUGUUCGCAAGUCCAGUCUGAAGGCACACAUGAUAACUCACAUGAGCGACAACUCCCUUUAGUUUUGUUGGUGAUGGUUUUCUCCAAGAGGUCAAUGUGACACGCCAGACUGGUGGAACAAUGUUGUGAAAUAGCUAGACGGUUUCCUUUCAGACAUGAUCAACAUGAUCUUGUUGAAAUACAUUAAACUCUGGAACUGUGGAAACACAAUGCAGUACAACACCAGGCUUACAAAGAUGGAACAUUUUAUCACACACACACACACACAGUGUGUGUGUGUCUUUUGUUGGCAGUGAAAGAAGAAAAUCUGUACUUUAAUACACAAAUUUGGUGGAUUGUGAGUUGGGUUUUCUCAUAACGAGGUUGAGUGGGGAGGUCAUUUCAUGGUUAAUUACGAUCAGACACAAAUCACUUCUCUGGAUAUCCAUAUUAUUAAAGAACAAGACAAAACGCAGGGAACGUAGCAAACGUUAAUAAAGUAUUUCAGUCAGUCAGGUUUAUACAAUGCGCUACAUUAGUUGUUCAGAUAAAUCAUACUUUAAACUUUGUUGUUACAGAUGGGCUGUAUGAGAGCACUUCUAGAACGUCAACCAAAAAAGAUUUAGAAAAUGACUGCACCAAACUGCAUGCUGGGUACACCUUGUGCGCUAUUACUGCAAGAAACAUGGAAAAGAGCGGUGCAGGAAUAACCAGAGAGCAACACAACUUGUUGUUCGUAACAACAAGCUUGUAAAAAUGGCAAAAAUCAUGUAUAUGUAUAUACCGUAUUUUCGCAACUAUAAAGCGCACUUAAAAUCCUUUUUUUUUCUCAAAAAACGACGCGUGCGCCGUAUAAUCCGGAGCGCCAUUUAUAUGGAUCCAUUGGUUGAUCCAUACUGGUUAACGAGGAUCCAUUGGAGGGAAAGUCUGGUGCCAGCAGCCGCGGUAGUUUCAGCUCCAACAGCGUGUAUUAAAGCUGCUGUAGUUAAAAAGCUGGUAGUUGGAUCUCGGGAUCGAGCUGACGGUCCGAGGCGCCACCGUCUGUUCCAGCCGCUGCCUCUCGGUGAAAGAUGCACGAAAAGAACUAAAGUCGGAGGUUCAGAGAUAUUGUUAAUAUCCACAUUAACGUUUGAACAACGUCACCCUGGGAGUGAAGAGUUGUCAGAACGCUUAAUAAAGUUUGAUUUAGCACAGCCCGAUCUAGUGGUUGCCUAACGUUUUACUGCAGUAUCUUCUAUUCUAUGCGCCUUAUAACCCAGGCGCCCUAUAUAGGAAAAUAGUUCUAAAAUAGGCGAUUCAUUCAAGGUGCGCCUUACAGUCGCCAAAAUACGGUACUUGCAUGUAAAUUACUUAUGUAAGUAAAUAAUGUCAGUUUUUCCCAUCUUGUGGCCUUUAUGUUGUUUUUCAUGGUUUUGAGAUUUGCUGUUAUGAUUUAUAUUAAAUUUUUGGUCUAGUUUCAAUACGGAUCCCAAGUACAUACUGUCAUGUGUCUAUAUAUGUUUUAUCGAAAAUGUUAAAAUUACAUUGUAAUGUAUUUAAAUAUUUCUAUUUUUACUUCUGUAAGUUAAAAUAAAAUUGGGAAAGUUGCUGAAGUCGUCUGUGUCCGAGCUACAGUGUGUACAUGUGCAACAUCCUCUGUGCCGAAACCCAGGAUGGACAGAAAGAAAGAGAUGUCAUGUGUACAGAGUGAACAAUGCAAAAGAUGUACAAGACAUUGAAUUCCGAUGACAGAAACGGUUCAAAUAUUGUAAGCCAGGUGUACGGCAGGACCACUGCAGGGACAACCACCAUCAGACGUAACCACCAUCUACACAAGGUAGAAAAAAAGCAUUAAAUAGUUGUAAGCUAUUCAUUGAUUCAAAUGAUUUGUUAACUGGCUACAUCUUGUUUGACAUGUGGUCAAGCUUCAGUCUUUCAUGUUAAGUUGCUAAUCAGGAGGUAUAGUUGUUGGUGUUUU